AUGGCAGAGCCGGCGAGUAAGAAGAGACGACUGAGUCCACCGGAGGAGGAAGGGAGGUCGAUGCCGGGAUUCGCGAAAUGGGAUCUGGAACAGGACUACGAGAAUCGAUCGCGGAAGAAGAAGAAGGAGAAGGACGGAAAGGAGGACAGAUUGAUGAUCAAGACGUCCGACGGUCGCAUCACUGAGAACCCCCGUGUAGAUGUGGUAUACCAAAAGCCGGAGGAAAAGGACGAUGAUAAGGACAGUUUUCUUGCCAGCGGCGACGAGGAUGAAGACAGUGCAGUCGCCGACUUCCACUCGUCGAAGCCCAAGAAGCCUACGGUACCACCAAAGGAACAGAUCAGACUGGCAAAGGAAGAGCUUGCACGAUUGGCAGGGUCGUUGAGCGAGGAUCCAGAAGAGCACAUUGGACAACUCGGCGCAUUGGCGGAUAUCGCCAGCUCUCACAAUGUCACAGUCAAGAAGCUGGCACUGGCAACACAAUUAGCAGUCUUCAAGGACAUCAUUCCUGGCUACCGGAUACGACCACUCGGCGAGCAAGACAUGAAUGCGAAAGUGUCAAAGGAUGUCAAGAGACUGAGAUCGUUUGAGCAAGGUCUGCUCAGCGGGUACAAACACUACGUGACGAACCUAGGCAGGCUGUCUGUCUACAAUGAAAAGUCAAAACUCGAUGCCCAGUCCGCGGCUGGUCUGGCGACUGUGGCCAUCUCGUGCGCUUGCGCAUUGUUGACGAGCGUGUCGCAUUUUAAUUUCCGUCCGGAACUGGUUGGAAUCCUGGUGAAGAAGCUGGCGAGCAGACAUGUCGAUGCCGACUUUGUCAAGUGUCGCGAGGCGAUUGAGCAGCUGUUCCAGGAGGAUGAAGGUGGGCACGCUUCGCUCGAUGUCGUGGGACAGUUGACGAGGAUGAUGAAGGGAAAGAAAUACUACUUUCAUGAGAGUGUGCUGAACACCUUCCUACAUUUGAGACUAUUGAGCGAAUUCGCGCACAAGGCUUCGACGAACUCAAUCGAUAAAGCAGCGCCGGACGAUGCGAUGGUGUUGAAGAAGCCAAAGCAGAAACGCGAAUUUAGGACGAAACGAGAGAGGAAGGUAAUGAGGGAGCGAAAGGAGGUCGAGAAGGAGAUGAAGGAGGCAGACGCUGCGGUAUCGUACGAGGAGAGGGACAAGAAUCAGUCCGAGACCUUGAAGUUGGUCUUCGUCACCUACUUCCGCAUCCUCAAGGAGCGGGUGCAGCACUUGAUGGGAGCUGUGCUGGAAGGACUGGCCAAGUACAGCCACUUGAUCAACCAGGACUUCUUCGGAGACAUCCUGGAAGCAUUGAAGGACCUCAUCGACGACGCGGAAGCGGCGCUCAAGCCGCAAGAGGGAGAAGAAGGCGAGGAAGAAAUCGAGCCCGACGAUGCUGCGCAGAGAAAUGCAACGAGAGAAAGCUUGCUGUGCAUUAUCACGGCCUUUGCUCUUCUCCAAGGCCAGAUUGAUGUCGUCAAGUCAGCCAACAGUCUGAAUCUCGAUUUGAGCUUCUUCAUCAAGCAUCUCUAUCGCACGCUGGUACCCUUGGCGAUGGACCUGGACAUCGAACUCAGCGCGAAAACUGCACAUCUCAGCGAUCCGAACGGGCUUCACGUUCCCACCACUUCUUCUAAGGACAACAAAGUCAACGUUGCGACUACCACUGUUCUUUUGCUUCGAUCGCUAUCAUCCGUUCUACUUCCACCAACCGGCACCAAAUCUGUCCCGCCUGUCCGAGUGGCCGCGUUUGUCAAGCAAUUGGAGACAUUAGCACUGCACCUACCACAGAAAAGUGCCAUCGCAGUGCUGGAGUUGAUCAAGCAGAUUACCAAGACGCAUGGCAACAAGGUCGCUUCAUUAUGGAACACCGAGGAGAGGAAGGGAGACGGUGUUUUCGAUCCACUCAGUCAAGAGGUGGAGAGCAGCAAUGCGUUCGCCAGUACUGUUUGGGAGGGAGAGCUGUUGAGGCUACAUUUCGAUCCGAAGAUACGGGAGGCUGUGAAGGCUGUUGAAGGGAAUGUCAAGGCAGCUAGAUCUUAGAGUUCUCGACAACUACCUACCUUACCCAG